AUGCACCCAGCACUCAAAGAAACCACCCAGCCCCCAAAAAGCCAUCCAGCACCCAAAACAAACACCCAGCACCCAAAACAACCACCCAGCACCCAAAACAACCAACCAGCACCCAAAAAACAACACCCAGAAAAAACACCCAGCACCCAAGAAAACAACAUCCAGAAAAAAACAUCCAGCACCCAAGAAAACAAAACCAAGCAAAACCACCCAGCACCCAAGAGAACAACACCCAGCACCCAGAAAAAACAUCCAGCACCCAAGAAAACACAGCCAGCACCCAGAAAAACCACCCAGCACCCAAGAGAACAACACCCAGCAACCAGAAAAAACACCCAGCACCCAACAAAACAACACCCAGCAAAACGACCCAGCACCCAAGAGAACAACACCCAGCACCCAGAAAAACUACCCAGCACCAAAGAAAACAACACCCAGAAAAACCACCCAGCACCCAAGAGAACAACAUCCAGCACCAGAAAAACCACCCAGCACCCAAGAAAACAACACCCAGAAAAACCACACCAGCAGCCAAGAAAACAAAAAAACACGCAGAAACCACAAAAACAUGCCCAGUAA